AUGACGGACUUGUGCGAACAACCACUGGGACUACUAUGCGAGGUGAUUCGACGAGAAUUGGUCCAUCUGCUCGAGUCACUGCCCGGAAUGAAGGACUUGGUCGUCGACGCCACUCUGCUCCGCCCUCUAGAUCGUAUUGCAUCAAUGAGUUUACUGCAAAAACAUGGCUGUCAGCGAGUAAUUCCGCUUCGACUCAACUCACCUAAUGCCAUCCCGUGGCAUCCAAAUGUAAUGCGCCGUGUAUAUCUCCUUCGUAGUUCUUUAGACAUAGCUCGCUUAUUAGCUGAGCAUGUACGCGCGUCGCCUGAUAAGCAUAUCGCUGUGAUUUGGGUAGAUCGACGUUUGGUUGUAUGCGAACGUGAACUUGAACGACAAGGAGUGUACGGGCUGAUUGAGUCGUUUGAAUUGAGUAUCUCUUUUAUAUCUAUUGAAAAUGACCUGUUCUCGAUGGAAAUGCCUAUCACGACCGCUCACAAGGACCUGUUAGCAUCUGCCAAUGCCCUGUUUCAGCUGCAGUCCCUAUACGGUCUAAUACCAACAGUCUACGGUCUGGGAGAGCAGACGGAGAAGUUGUGGAAACUGAUGCAUCACGUCUAUAUGGAACGAGGAGAACCACGAUCGUCACCGGACCAACCAAUCAGUCAUCUGUUCAUGUUCGAUCGAUCGUUGGACCAGGCUACAGUGCUUAUGACUGGUCUUACCUAUGAGGCAAUGCUUCACGAGGUGUUCACGAUCGGCUGCGGCAAAAUUUCCUUCGGGCCAGAAGUGGAGGAGAAAAAUGCGACCCGAGAUCGAGCAAGGCGAAGCGGUGAAAAAAUCGAAAGUUUACGUGCUUGA